AUGAGAUCUUCUUUUGUGCAUGUCGCGUUUGCGACAUGUCUCCUACAGCAACUCGUUGGUGCAUACAAGGAUGCAUUCGUUGUUGAGUUUGACGAAUCGCUCCAGCUUACUCCAGACAUCCUGAACACCCAAGUUCAGACCUCCCUCGCUACCUCUGGCUUAGAUUGCAUCGCAUCAAAACGCUUCCAGUUUACUCAUGCAGUAUUCCACGGAGCUUCCUUCGACCUUAAGUGCAGCAAUGAUAGAGUUUCUCAGAAAGCCAUUCUUUCCACGGUUAAAUCCAUUGAUGGGGUGAAGCAGGCCUGGCCGGUAACCUCCAUUGAGCCAGCCAUCUUUGAGGGCCACUUCCCCGGAGUGUCUAACGGCAAAUUCAUUAACCGCCAUUUCGCGACCAAUAUCCGAGGCGAUUUGCCUCAAAUUAGUGCUAGAGAUGAAAAGAAUGCCGACACACUCUCCACACAUAUUGACACCGGCGUAGCCAGGUUACAUGCAGCGAAUUUCACGGGGUCUGGAUUGCGCAUUGCGGUCAUUGACAGCGGCUUCGACGUAGACGUCCCAGGUUUAAGUAAAGUAAACAUUGAGUACUCUCAUGACUUGACCGACAACGACAACGAUGUCCGCGAUAACUGCUCGUUCCACGGCACGCAUGUCUUGGGCGUUGUCGCAGCGAAAGGAGACGAGGCACGCUUUGGUGUUAUCGGCGUGGCCCCGGACGCGACUUACGAGCUGUAUCGCAUCCAGCCGUGUGGUGAAAGCGGAUCGACAGACAUGCUGAUCAACGCGUUUCUCGAGGCCGCAGACCGCGGUGUAGAUGUCAUAUCAUGCUCUUUUGGGGGCGGAAAAGCUUUCCCUGAAGAUCCUUGGUCUGCUGUAGCUACUCGACUCUUCAAGAACGGCACAUACAUCUCGCUUCCCACCGGCAAUGGCGGUCCGGGCGUGUUCACCGGUGGCAGUCCCGGCAUGGCUGACGCUAUCACUUCCAUAGGAUCCACCGAUAAUUCAGUCACGCCCUAUUUCACCUGGCAAGGAAAUUGGACCACGGGAAGUGAUGCAGGAGACAUUCGUUUUGUCCCAGGCCUGCCUUUCGAUCUCCCCGCUGACAACCAGUUGACAAUCUGGUCCCCGAAUGAGAAUGUCGACGUAUCAAACGACUGCAAACCGAUUCCUGAUGCUACUAACUUGCCAGCUGACCUCUCAAACACAGUUCUCCUCCUAUCCAUCACGCAGUGCUGGACAGACGCCAGCGGAGGAUCCCCGUCUCUGUCCCAGGUACUCGGUAUACCGUAUGUAAUCUACUACACAACAAAGAACUGGACCGUUUCCGAUGGCCCAGGCUUUUUCCCGGACACCUCGGACCCGAACCUCAAAGGCAUCGCUACCGUAGAGUAUCAGACUGGCGUCAAGCUGCUGGAGGCCUUCCACAAAGACGCCAACACCAAGGUCCAUCUCCCGCACGAAGCGUCUGUAGCCAACACCGCCCUUGAAAACAGAGUCAACAACCGCACUGGUGAUCUUGCCUCGGUCUUUUCUAGCUGGGGUCCAACUCUCACAGGAGGUUCCAUGCCUUUGCUAGUCGCUCCAGGAGGCAAUCUUUUGAGCACGUUCCCCGGAAAAUUAGGAGGCUAUGGUGUUGUUAGCGGAACAAGUCAAUCCGUCCCAUUUGCAGCAGGUGUCGCCGCUCUCAUCAAGCAAAAGCACCCAGACUACACACCAGAAGAGAUCCAGGCGGUAAUUGCAACGACCUCUCGGCCAUUGAAAUGGAACAACGGAGAAGGCGUCACAUCCGAUUUCCUUGCACCUGUGUUCCAGCAGGGUGGGGGUCUUUUGGACGCGUGGAAUGCUGUCCACUCCACGACGGUCCUAAGCACGGCGGCCCUCUCCUUCAACGACACAACGAACCGUCCCAAAGAGCUCACCUUUAGCAUCAAAAACACCGGGACGACAGCAACCACCUACAAACUAAGCAACGUCGGUGCUGCCUCGGGCUACAUGCUGGAAACGGCGAAGGGCUACACCUUCACCAAGGGGGAGGCAACUCCAGUGUAUGCUGAGCUCAGUAUCAAACCCUCCACAAUCAAAAUCGAGCCAGGCAAGUCGGCCACCGUAUCUGUCACAGUCACCAAAGAGCCAGCGCUCUCCGAGGCAGCGACGCGCGUUUCCUUCUUUGGAGGAUUCGUUGCGAUCGAAGCAGAGGGUUCCGCCGAAGUCAACAAACUCACUCUGCCCUACACUGGUUUCGGGGCGCCGCUCUCCACUCUCCCAAUCGUCAACCGAGAUAAAUCGUACCUAAUGGCCUGGAACAACACCGCCGCCGCUCCGACUCGCAUGGAAGAGGGCCGGGUUUUCAGGUGUAUCCUAGACACAAGCAAAGAUGUACCAGCCUCCUUUGAGGAUAACAUGUUCCCCGGAGUCUGGAUUGAGCUCGUCAUACAAACCCGCGAGCUGAUAAUUAGCAUCGUAGACGCCAAGUCCGGCAAAGAAGUUGUCCAGUCUUUCCAGACGUCCUCGUCCGAUGUCUGGGGUCCCGGCAACACAUGGUACUGGGACGGCUCUGACGGAAACAAGGCUUUCGUUCCUGCGGGGACGUACAUCUGGCAGGUGAAGUCGCAGCGGUUGAACGCCAAGCCAGAGGAGCCGAGUAGUUGGGAGGUUUAUUCUACUGGAAAGUGGGUGCUGGAGUAUGCUUCAAACAGUACGCUGCCAUCGAACUCGACGGCGCAAUAG